AUGUCCGGCAUCGGCAUUGCUCAGUGGGUGCCAAGGCAAAUUCCGGUGCCAAAGGCUAGCUCCAAGCUGUUCUAUGGCUCGGAUUGCAGCGGGCUCGAUGCAGGCGCUCUAGCGCUGGGCAGGCUCAGCCCUUUUGGCCAUUUGUUUGCUUCGGAGGUGGACCCAUCAUACCGGAAAGUGUUUCAGGAAACACACCCAACAUGCAAGAUUGUCUUUGAAGACUGUUUGAAAAAGAGAAACUUGUUUCCAAUCGCCCAGUUCAUGGAACAGGACCCGAAAGAUGUUUUGGUCUACACCUCGGGCUUCCCAUGUCAACCUUAUUCCCGACAGGGGUUGAGACAGGGCCAGCAUGAUCAACAAGGUAGAGCUCAAGUUUUUUGGGGUUGCCUGGAUGCAAUCCAACAAACGAAACCCACGUUCUUCGUUUUGGAGAACGUUGCUGACUUGGCUAGAGCUUCUUCUUUCGACGGAAUUUUCAGAGACAUUUUGGAUAUGUUGAACUUGAUUGGCAAUGGAUUGUACACAAUUCACUGGACAAUUCUAGAUUCAUAUGAAGUUGGCAAUGUGCCAGCAUCACGCGAACGAGUGUACAUUGUUGGUGUGUGUAAGGAUCGACAGGUUCGGUCUUGGGAUUGGCCUCAGCCAAUCCGCCCACCACCUUUGGAUCGCAUCCUAGUUCCCCGAUCCAAUGCUGACAAGAUUGCCCUGACUUCUUUGUCCGACACUGCUUUGAGGAAUGUCAACCGUGCCAUUCAAAUCAUAAUGUCCAAAAAAGGGAGGUGGUAUUGUGAACCAUGGGUGGUUGAUCUCAUGCCUGCAGCCUCCUUUGGAACCAAUGUGACCUACAACAAGCUUCCGACCAUAACCAAAUCCCAUGCUGCUGGCCUGUGGCUGAUGCACAAGCAGGACAAGGUUCGCAGAGAAGAGCUGCUUGCAGCUCAAGGCAUUCGAUCUGGCGAAGUGAAGAUUCCUGCGGCAGUUGCUGAUGGAAAAAUUUUUGAGAUGAUCGGCAAUUCAUUUACGGCAACGGUCUUGGAAAGGCUGUUUUCGGUUUUACUCCCUGCAGUUGGCUUCAACUGCAGCGGCCGCAGCCGCUGCUCAAGGUUUUGCUCGCAUGCUCAGGUCUCCAAGGCGAACAAGUUGUAUCACCUGACAGCCCGCCUUGUCCAAUGGGCCACAGAGCAGGAAGAGCAGUUCGUCGAACAGAUGGUGAAGUUUGGACACCCCACAAAUGUCUCUGCGGGGUUGCCAGAAGUUUUGCAGUCCACCAUUGGUUUCUACAGGAAUACAACGUUGCAAGAGCGCUUGAAGUACAGGGCUGAGAAGUUAGGUUUUUGGCUUAAGCGUCUUGUUGCACUCAAACAGCAGGAAUGUGAGCUGAAAGCCUCUAUGGAUGGAGAAGUUGCUCAGAUCCUACGUGACAAAAACAUCCUCCUGUGGCAGGAGAUGCUUGCUUCAGUUGAAUAUCCCGACAUGGACGUGGUUGAAGAGAUGAAGAGCGGUACAGAUUUAGUUGGCCCUGCUCCAAGGACAGGUUUGUGGCCCCAGAAGUUUCAACCAUCGUUGGUGACGUUGGAGGAGUUGAGUGAUCUUGCAGUGCGAGAUCGAGCGGGGCUGCAACAACAGUUUUCGAGCGUUUCUGGUGCAGAUCAUGUCAAUGAGGUUUGGGAAAAGACCAUGGAUGAGGUUAGAGCUGGCCUGUUGGAAGGUCCUCUUGACCUUGCUGAUGUUCCAGCAAACUACCCACUGAGCCGCCGUUUCGGCAUUCAGCAGGGCAACAAGGCGUUGCCGUUCGGCGCAGUGCGCUCAGUUCAUGGCUUCCUUCGUGUGGCACAUAGCCUUUGGUACCUGCUGACAUGUGAGUUCAAAGUUUUGCUCACCAAUUACUUCGACGAUUUCGUUGCUGUGGCGCUUGAGUGCGAAAGUGGCGCCAUCACUUCUUGCGUCAACAUGUUUUUCAAAUUGCUUGGGUGGGCUUUCUCGGAGUCCGGGGACAAAGCCCCCCCUUUCAGCAGCCUUUUUCAGGCGCUUGGUGUGACCAUAAAUGUGUCGGCACUACACCUUGGAAUGGUUCAACUUGGAAACACUGCAAGCAGAAGCAAAGAAAUUGUCGAAUUUUUAGACUUGGUCCUGAGCAGAGGACGUAUGACAAAGCAGGAAGCACUUCGUUUGAGAGGCAGGCUUCAAUUCACGUCUGGCAAUGUUUUUGGCCGAGUUGGCAAGUGCUCCUUGUCGGCAAUUACCAACCAUGCCUACCUGCAGCGGGGCACGACUUUGUCGCAGGAUGCAAGGAUAGCCAUCAAGCUACACAGGCAUUUGCUUGCUGAUGGGCGCCCCAGAGAGCUGAAACCAGCGAGCUGUGAACCUUGGUUCAUUCAAACGGAUGCUUCAUAUGAUGAGGUUGCAGGUACAGUUGAUGCCGGAAUAGGCCAGACCCUCAGCCUGAACAUCAGGCCUGUGGAAACGAAUUUCUGCAUCGUGAUGGAUAUGGAUAUGAAUGAUGACUCGCAGGUUUCAAUGCUGCGAGAAGCAUUACGUGGCCUGGCAGAUGACGAUGGCUGUGUUUCCGAAGAAGCCUUGCAAAACGUGGCAGGCUUUGAGUCUGUGGCAGCCACACUUGAAGAGCAGCUAGGUUGUGGACCAUGGCAUGUUGCGAGGUUGGAAGAACUAUUUUUCGGAACCUCCAGCAAGGAGGAGGACGAGGAGGAUCGCAACUCGAGGAAGGCAGAUGUGUCUCCUGUGCAAUUGGGCCGAUUUGCUUCCCCACCGCGAAGGCAUCUGCCAAGACGGCACACUGUCAACUUUGCGGAAGAGGCGCACCACAUGGUUGAUGGAGAAGAUGCUGAUGACGAAUGGUUUCGCGUCAUUGGAGCUCUGGAGGAAGCCUUGCGCGAGGAUGAAGAGCAGGAUGCUGCACAGCUGAUGCAACUGCUUAGGAGGACAUUUCAGAUGAUGCAAUCAUGGCAUCACCAAAGGCAGAAAUUGCAGGAACAGUUUGACAGAGCGGCAGAGCAGGCGAAGCUCCAAAGUGACCGCGCUGAUACCGCUGAGACUGCAAGGCUUGCGGCAGAGGCGGCUGAGGCUGCAACGGUAGCUCAGCUUGAGGAGCAAGAGAAGCGGUUGGUGCAAGGCCGAGAGACCAUCAAAAGCCAAAAGCAAGACCUGGAGGAGGCGCGACAUCGCAUUGAACUCCAGGAAGUAGAAUUGCGUGAGCAUCAGCAGCGGCUAAAGCUUACAGAGGGUUCCAUGCCCUCAACUCCGCCACGGCCUCUGCAAAGGAGUCAGAGGCUGUCAACGCAGUCAAAAUGUGGAAGGUUCGACCGGCGUGACUUGGCUUCAAGAGGUUUGGGCCAAGCCUUGAAAGACUGGCACAGCUGCUUCGGAUGCUUUACCCUGACCUUGGGAGUGGAAGUCACAUGUUUUAUUACUCUGCUUGCCCAGAUUUUGAUCAUUUCCCUAUGUUCAUCCUCUGAGCCGCUGGCCUUGAUGAGCCUCAAGGUGUCCCCAACGGUUCAAGUUCUUUGUGCCUCGUGGGCCUUGGUCGGCAUCCCGAUGGUGAUAUGUGCUGGAGUUGGAGUGCUCUACCAUGUUGACCACUUGCUAAGGGCAUUCUUUUGGUAUUUGCUCUUCAGCCUUCCACUUGGCAUUGCCGUGCCCACAUGGCUGCUUGCCUCGGGAAAGGUCUGCAGCAGCGUGGUUGAGGAUGAAGUUCAGCGAUUGGGCCCUGCCUUCGUUUGCGGUUUCACGGAGAGCUUCGUGUUCAUGUGGAUGAUGGUUGCCGGUCUUGUGCAAUGCUACCUGGUGUAUGUGGUGUGGUCAGCUGCAGCAGAGAUCAGCAAGAUCCCAAACAACUCUGUGGCUUUAACAGCGUAUGCCAACAAGUUGCAGUUUCUGGCCAGCAUGGGCUUGUCGCAGAUGGAUUCGAAGUCAGUGCCUGUGCUGAAUCCUGGUUACAAUCCGUUCUCUUCGCUACUGUCAGAAGGUUCUCGAAGCUACGGCGCUGCUUCACACCCAGCAGAUGCAGAAGGUGCUGCAACGGGACGAAGUGCUCGCAGUGCUCGCAGCGCUCACAGCGCUGUGAGUGCGCGCAGUACUGGAGGCGGAGGUAAUCCACAAAGCUUCUUCCCUACGCCAGCCAGCAACUUCAAAUCUGAAGUGGCCAAGGAGCCAGCUCCCCAAGAGCCGCAGCAAGACGCAGCAGAGUCAGAAACGCCAAGCAAGGCAAAGAGUCCAGAUUCAGCGGCUCCAGGCUCUGAGCUGAAUGCUCUAGUGACAAGCUACGUCGACGGCUCGAAACUUAUGAGGAGCAGCAACAAAGCCGUGCCACGACUCCUCGAGUUCCGGAUGGCCAAGACAGCCUUGUCCGCCAAGAAACUCAUAGCUGCUGAGGCAGAGUUGGAGGCACUUCGGGAGGAGCUGCUUUCAUCUGAAGAGGCGGCGGCUCUUGAGCACAAGCGGGCAUCGGAGUUGGAGGCGGCCCUCGAACAGAGCCACCGGGAGUUUGCCGAGUGGAAGGAACAGCAGGCCUUGCAGAGCAGUAAGCGACGUGCAAAGCAAGGCGGUCCGUCAAGCAGAUCCAGGAGCUUUGUGGAAUCGGCCAGCACUCCACUCAGUGAGGACCUGCAAACCAUGGCUUCUGGCGAUGCAGCUGCUGGGCCAAAGGCGCCCAAGCAGAACGCGUCGCCAGUGGUGCCAAAGCUAGCCAUUUUCGAUCGGAAAGCGCGGUUGCAAGCCCAGUUGAGCCGCCCCAGUCCAAGCAACCUUCAGCCGCGGAGGCCAGAAGGUGCCGCAGCAAAUGCACCACCAGGACCGAACCGUCCUUCCAGGUCCAGCAUGCCCGCAGACAUGGCUUCCUUGAGCCGGCUCCUCGGUGCUGGCUUGCUUGGGCCUUCUGGCGCCAUCAAAGCUACCCCGUGAGAUCCUCGAGGUGCUGGGAGUCUCAAGGAGUUCUAUACUCAGCCCCAAAAAGUGAAUAUCUUUUUAGUGGGAGAUUGCCUUUGAAUUGUUGUCAGCAGCCCAGUGCUCCUGUUGCUUAGCGCAAAUGUUAUUACCAGAAAUUAAGGCUAGGAGCCAAUAGUACUUGAGGCCAGGAGUAGUAGAAUGCCAAUCACAAUGCAUUAAAUUCCUUGAUGUGGAGUUCAGGUUUGGGAAACUCACUGGUCGUGAAAGGAUUAGCCAACACAUAUAGGCCGCAUGACAUGUGAAACAGACACGUCAUGCGGCCUACAAAGAACCAGUCUUGAGUUUCCAAAGAAAAGAAACAGCACUGAAUAUUGAUAGUAAGGCUGGGGAUAUUUGGGGAUCCCAUUGCCUGUGUUACAACAUGCACAAAUUUCCAUCCAAAUGACCUCCUUGCAGGCAAAUCGCUAGCCAGAAGUGA